AUGGAAAGCAAGAUAAAGGCAUCCAACACAUAUCAUCAGACGGCCCCAGAACCAGGAGAUGAGAGCAAAGUCGCGGAAAAUGGGAAUGUCGCGUCUCAUGGUGGAGAGACCGGUUUCGACUUGGCGCACACAAUACUCUUUUCUCCAAAGUUGCUGAAUAUUAUUGGGGGAGCACCUGGCGAGUGUACAUAUGUAGAUCCAGGUGGUGGACGAGGCAACACGGCAAUCCUCUGCAAGCUGUUGAGUCCCAAUACAAAGGCUGUCAGUAUCGAGCUAGACAAAGGGCGGCACAAGGAAGCAAUGGACUGGUCUGAAAGGAUCCAAUGGAAGGACGAUGAGGACGAUGCAGACGAUGAGGACGAUGCGCAACCCGAGUUCUUCAACAAUACUUUUUUGGAUCCCUCCAUGGACGACCUUUGGAAAAAGGAAAACCUCAGAAUAUUCUUUUCCAACUUCAAUGGGAAGAUGACGCACGAUGGCCUGCAAAAUGGCCUGGAGCAAAAAUUGUGUGAUUUCUGCAAAGAAGGGACCAUUGUAGUGUCAUUGGACACAAUGUUCACGAGCAACAAUCUCUGGAAGGAAGAAAAAUUUCAAACGCGGGCUGGGUCCCUUGACCUGGACUGGCUUACCUCUGUUCAAAACAUCUAUUUGUACAAAUACACCAAUAAGGGGGACGGCAAUAAUCUGGUGCAAGGCAAUCUGGUCGGUGGCGACCGUCGCAGUUCAUCCAGAAUUGAGCGCAAUCUACAGCAAAGCUCAAGCGAAAUUCCAAUUAUUACAAUUGAGCGCAUCAAUGUGGUGUUAGCGGCGGCGGUGCUCGAAGGGACACUCUGGGAACGGAAUUACGGCAAGCAAAUAUACCCAGUGAGGCGAGCUCCUGGAUCUACAGCUGAACACGAGAAGGUCUGUUUCAUGGUUGAAGAGCCAAACGUUUGCACUGGUUCCAGUGUGAAAAGUACCAUUGAGCCCGACAUAUUCUCGCACGAUGCUCCCGUGUACCCCAUUUACAACAAUGGCAUUUUCAACGCCGCAACUUUCCUUCAACAUGUCUACAAGCCCUUCGACAAUCUUGAGAAGAAAUACCAGAAGGAAUUCCUGAUCCGAUGGCUCUGUUUCUUUGACGAAAUCUCACUUGCGUCCCGCGAUUGCAGCGAGAGCGUCAAACUAAGUUGCUCCCGUGUACGCCCAACACUGGAUUUGAUUUCUGCUUUGACCAACCUCAAGUCCAAAGCGAUCAUCCAAUUCGGCGCUGGCAAGGGGGUUUUCUUCGCCCUACUCAAAAUGUAUCGGAAGUGGAAGGGAUACAAUGUUGAGCAUGAUGUAGCAAUGGACGACUCUCUUGACUGCGUAGCCAAAUGGGCAACUUUUGAAGAUGGUGAACAGAAAAUUCUGAAGAGCCUUGGGGUUGUGAAGUAUGAACCCCGCCCAAAGAACUACCAGAAUCUCUUCUCUCAGUGGAAGAACAAUGUGGCUGCGAAGGGGACUUUGUCUCGUCAAAGUCCCGAGCUACUGCUGAUUUCUUUCGCGAACACGAAUAUCGAAGACUUGAAACGCUGCGUGGAUGGCUUUCAUGACGCAGGUGGCGAGCGGCUGGGUGUUUUCUACGAUCCUGCCAAAAUGGGUGCUGCCUCAUCUUCCGUGGAGUUUCCGAAGGUUUUUCCGGGCGAAAAUUGGCGCUCUCACAGUAAAAUACCAUUGAUGGGUUGGGUUUCUAGCCACGGCAACCAUCCCUACCUCUACAUUUUUGAGCGCACCGACCAAACCAACAACUCACGUGGCGGAACCCGCCGUGCAAAGAGGCGCCGUUCGUAA